CGACCCGUUUGGCAGGGCGGGGCGCCUCGCGAAGAUGGUGGCGCGCGUGGCGUGUGGCUCCCGUCGUCUACCCAAGUCUCAGCGCAGCGCAUCAGCCGGCGUCUGGCUGCUCUCGAGUGCCCGUCCGCCGGGUCCCUGACCCCGCGCCACCUGUGUCCCCCGCGCUUCCCUCACCCUGUUCCCGGCAUGCCCCGCGCCCGUAAAGGCAACACGUUCCGCAAGGGCGGCCAGCGCCGUAGGGGAGGUGCACAGAGCAGUGCCCAGGCUGACUCAGGCUCCAGUGAGGAUGAGGCAGCCAGUGAGGCCCGCAGCACCACCAGUGAAUGCCCCAGCCUUCUCAGCACCACAGCAGAGGACAGCCUUGGGGGGGAUGCUGUGGAUGAGCAGGGCCAGCAGGAAGACCUUGAGGAAAAACUGAAGGAAUAUGUGGACUGCCUCACAGACAAGAGUGCCAAGACCCGGCAAAGUGCUCUGGAGAGCCUGCGCCAGGCCCUUGCAUCCCACUUACUCCCUGACUUCUUGCUGGAACGCCGCCUCACACUAGCUGAUGCCCUGGAAAAGUGCCUCAAGAAAGGGAAGAGCGAGGAACAGGCCCUGGCUGCUGCUGUGCUAGGCCUGCUCUGUGUGCAGCUAGGCCCUGGACCCAAGGGUGAGGAGCUGUUCCACAGCCUUCGGCCCGUACUGGUCUCUGUGCUCAGUGACAGCACAGCUAGCCCUGCUGCCCGACUCCACUGUGCUUCUGCUCUUGGCUUGGGCUGCUACGUGGCUGCUGCCGACGUCCAGGACCUGGUCUCUUGCCUUGCCUGCUUGGAAAGUAUUUUCAGCCGGUCCUGUGGUAUGGGUGGCUCCACAGCUCCUGCGAUCCCUGCCAGCGUGCAUGGCCUGCUCUGUGCUGCUCUGCAGGCCUGGGCAUUGCUGCUUACCAUCUGCCCCAGCACCCACAUCAGCCACAUCCUUGACAGGCAGCUGCCCCGGCUGCCCCAGCUCUUAUCCAGUGAAAGUGUGAACCUGCGAAUCACUGCCGGUGAAACCAUUGCACUCCUCUUUGAGCUUGCCCGGGACCUUGAGGAGGACUUUGUUUACAAGGACAUGGAGGCCCUCUGCAAUGCCCUGCGCACUUUGGCCACUGACAGCAACAAGUAUCGUGCCAAGGCUGACCGCCGGCGCCAGCGCUCUACUUUCCGUGCUGUGCUGCACUUCAUUGAGGGUAGAGAAUGCGAGGAAGAGACAGUGCGCUUCGGGCUGGAGACUCUGUAUGUGGACAGCUGGGCUCAGCACCGGAUCUAUGCCGCCUUCAAGGAAAUGCUGGGUUCGGGCAUGCACCACCACCUCCAGAACAACGAGCUACUCCGUGACAUCUUUGGCCUGGGCCCUGUGCUGGUGCUGGAUGCCACUGCCCUGAAGGCCUGCAAAAUUUCACGCUUUGAGAAGCACUUGUACAAUGCUGCUGCCUUCAAAGCUCGGACCAAGGCUCGCAGCCGCGUGCGGGACAAGCGGGCAGACAUCCUCUGAAACAAGACCAGCUAAAGAGGAGACUAUCCACACCCUUGCCCAUAUUUUUAACAGAAGACAGUGCAACAACUGGUCUCUGCCAGUAAAUGUCGCUUUAUUUUUUUAAUGACAAAACCAAAAACAAAAUGGGGUGGGUGGCUGAGAGCCAGGACACUUGGGACCCUAACCCUUUGUCCCUGCACUCAGCCCUGUGGGCUCUUCCUGCCCUCUCUCAGGCCGGGCCAAAUGUGUGCUUAUCCUAGGGCUGUAAGGCUUGAAGUAGGAAAGCUGUCCUUCUCAGGCCUUGUUCCCCCAGGGUGACCCACUUCUUUGUGGGGGGAUGGCAUCUGGACAAAUGCCACCACAGAAGAUGGGGAAGCAAAGCUACCUGGAAUGGAUUUAUGUGCUGAUUUUUAAAGAUUAUUAGAGAUAAUUAAACAAAAUAUGCAGCCUUC